GUUUCUCCAGGCCCUCCCUCAGCACGGAGCGUCCCUGAUCGCUGUGUCUCAUCGCUUGGAUCUCUUUAGCAAGCUUCAUGUUCUCCCCCUCCAGCAGCUUGACCCGGUUCAGUUUUUCUUUAGGAGUGACCAGGACGGAUGGGAUCAGGAAUGAGGACAUCAGAGGGACAGCACAUGUUAGAGGUUUAGGAGAUAAAGUCAAAGAGGCCAGACCGAGUUUGUUCGGACAGUCAAUAUUUUGGUAAAAGGAUGCGGAGUCUAGAGCUGCCAGGGAAGAGAUCUAGACGAAGACUGAAGAGGAGGUAUAUAGAUGAAGACAUGAAGGAAAAGAAGAUAAUCUAAUGUGUGAAGCCAAAGUCAUCACUGUGGUUGCAGCAAUGACAGAUGAAGAGAUCACCUACGCUUCAGUCACAUUCAAAGCCAGGAAACAAUCUAAAUUCACAGCUGAAAGGGAGGAGACUGUGUAUGAUGAAGUGAAGGUGAACCACAAAAACCCUCCCGGACCCAACGGAGCACUCCUGCAAGAAAAAAAUGAGGGAGAAAAAUCUAGGCUGAGUCAGCUGUUUCAUCCUUGCUGUGGAAUCCUUUAUGGGUUCUUGAUUAUGGCUGUCAUUGGACUCUCUGUCUACUUUUCAUUGUGUUCUUAUGGAGGCACAGAUGAGCUGAUCGAGUUGAAAACCAACCAAACGAAACUACUGGAGAACUCUCAGAACCAGACCCGCCUCCAGAACGCUCUCCUCUCUGACUAUGAAAACCUGAGGAAGGAUCACAGAAAUCUGACAGCCCUGUGGAGCAACCUGAUGGAUUCGUUUAUGGACCAACAGACCAAACUCCAAAACAUUUCGGCUCAAAAUCUACAACUGGUUACCCAAAACGAGGACCUGAAAACAGAAACAGUAAAUCUGAGGCAGCAAAAGGACAACAUGGAGGCGGAGUGGAACAAACUCAAUGACAGUCGAGCUCAGUGGAGCGUUGAUGCCUAUUGUCCAAAAGACAAAAAAAAGAGGGAAUGUAAGGCUUGUCAAAAAAACUGGAUACACCUACAAACCAAGUGUUACAAAGUUAAUCAAGAGAAGAUGAUUACAUGGAGACAAGCUCAACAGGACUGCCAGUCGAAGAAUUCUCAGCUGCUUCUCCUUAAUAAAGUUCCAAAAAAAAUUACCUCUGUUGAACAGUUCUGGAUUGGCCUCAGUGUUGAGAAUGGAAAAUGGAGGUGGAUCAAUGGGAGUACUCUGUUGGAUCUGUCCAAACCUCUGGUUGAAGGUCACUGCGCUGCAGUUUCUGUCAAAAACAAUGCUUGGAAAUCAGUUGAUUGCAAUGGCAAGAGCUACUGGAUCUGUGAAAAGGAGCCUUUAUCUCUUUAAAUUAAUUGAAAAAUUGUACUAUUACAAUAAAAAAUAUAAACUUGUGUAUUUAUUAGUCCAUCUUUUAUACCUGCUUUCUAACUGUUUGGGGUCACAAUAACCUAACCAGGUAGUGAAGGUCCAAGGAGGGAUACCCCCCGGACAUUUUGGCAGUCCAUCACAGAGACAAAAAAACACAUACCCAUGUUUACACAUAAUUUAAAGUCAAUAAUUGACCUGUUGAGCAUGUUUUUGUUUUUUGUCUUUUGACUGGGGGAGCCACGUUCCUGCAAAAACCGUGCAUGGAAACAUGCAAAUUCCAUACAGAAAGGACCCAACCAAGAGCCUUCUCUCUGUGGGACGAGUGUUAACCACUACUUUGCAGCCUGUAACAACUUAAUAGUGACAAAAUCUGUAAAUAGGUCUUUUAAAAUCAGGAAAAAUAUCAUUUUCAUGGUUACACAUUGACUUUGUGAAGAUUGUUUCUCUUUUAUGGCCAGAAGAGGACACUG